AGUCCAUAGCCAACGUUCGGUAGGAGCGGUUGUAGUUUCGCUCUUCGUACGACCGCUAAUUUCGAUACAAUAACAAAACUGAAUUUGUAAAGACUGUGAAAAUUUAUGUGCGUUUAAAAAUAUCAUAAAAACUUACGGUGGUUUUAAUGAAAAUUAUGUUUAGUUAAGAAAUCAGUAGAAAAUCUAACAUGCUAUUCUGACCGAAUAUACGAUGGCUUCUUCGUAUCUCCUUGUAAUUCUUCCUGUUCUAUUCAAGUCAACAAUAACUACAGAGUAUUUACCAACUGAUUCUUCUUCUCAACCGCUUCGUUAUGAAGCUCCCGAUGAUUGUCAAUGGUGGGUAAGAGAACCGAUAACUUCUGGUGGACAAGAUGAAGUUUCUCUGACAUGUAAUUUGAGAACAAUUAACAGUGAAUUUGACACAACCAACUUUAGCGUUAUCCCGUCUGAACACACGACGUCCCUCAGGAUAGAAUGCAAUUCAGAUAUCAGGUCACGAAGUAGUUUAGACGACAAAAGUUUUAUUCACCUAACGAAAUUGAGGGCUUUAGAAUUAGAACAUUGUAAGCUUGGUAGAUGGCCUUCGGGUACUCUAUUAGGACUGCGGGAUUUGAGGAAUUUAACAGUGAGAACACAUAACACUUAUUGGCCUGCUAUGAAUUUGGAUUUCGCCAGAGACAGUUUUCUACCAGUACGGCAGUUGGAGAGAUUGGAUCUUAGUUGUAAUAAUAUAUGGUCCUUUCCAGAAAAUAUAUUUUGUCCUUUAAUAAAUUUAGUGUUUUUAAACGUGAGUGAAAAUAGACUUCAAGAUGUUAGUGAUUUGGGAUUUAGAGAAAAAGCUCCGGGACUACCUCAGCCGCUCAUCAGCGUCGCCGAAGAUGAUCAUCAACAACAUACCGAAACAGCAAGAACUUUGACGAAUCCUUGUAAUUUGGAUAUUCAGGUACUUGAUGCCAGUUUUAAUCACUUUGUACUUAUACCAGCCGGUGGUUUCAGUGUAUUAAGAAGACUUAAAGAACUUUAUAUUCAUAAUAACGAAAUAUCUAUGGUAGCUGAUAAAGCUCUCGCUGGUCUCAAAUCUCUACAAAUUUUUGAUUUGUCUAAUAACAAAUUGGUUGCUUUACCUUCUGAACUAUUCAAAGAUAGUGUCGGCUCAAUUAAAGAGAUUUAUUUACAAAAUAAUUCUCUUAGCGUUUUGGCACCUGGAUUGUUUGCCAAUUUAGAACAACUGUUGGCUUUAGAUUUAUCGAAAAAUUUACUCACUUCUUCUUGGAUUAAUGCGGACACAUUUUCUGGAUUGAUACGUCUAGUAUUAUUGAAUUUGUCUUAUAAUAGAAUAAGCAGAUUAGAUCCGUCCUUUUUUAGAGAUUUAUAUACUUUACAAAUUCUCAAUUUGGAGCAUAAUUCUCUAGAAACCAUCCCGGCCGAUACGUUCGCUCCAAUGAAUAAUCUUCAUACGCUAAUUAUUUCCUAUAAUAAAAUCACGUAUCUCGAUGCUUAUUCAUUGAAUGGCCUCUACGUUUUAUCUCUAUUGGCCCUAGAUAAUAAUCUUCUCGAAGGUAUUCAUCCCGAGGCUUUUAGAAAUUGUUCCAGUUUACAAGAUUUGAAUUUAAAUGGAAACUUAUUGAAAGCUGUGCCUUUAGCUCUAAAAGAUAUGAGACUAAUGAGAACAGUAGAUUUAGGAGAAAAUAUUAUAGAUUCGCUAGAAGAUCCGGGAUUUAGAGGAAUGAGUAAUCUAUACGGCUUAAGAAUAAUAGGAAACAAAUUGACUAACAUAAGCAAGAGGAUAUUCUCAGAUUUACCAGCGUUGCAAAUUUUAAAUUUGGCCAGAAAUAAAAUUGAAAAUGUAGAAAAAGGUUCUUUCCAAUACAGUCCCAAUUUGCAAGCUAUAAGACUCGACGCGAAUCGUCUUACAGACAUCAGUGGUUUGUUCACGGAAAUUCCAAGUUUACUUUGGUUAAAUAUAUCCGAUAACCAAAUCGAAUGGUUCGACUACGCUUUAAUUCCUCAAGGUUUACAAUGGUUGGACAUGCAUAAGAAUAACGUGAGAGAUUUAGGUAACCAUUAUAAUCUCGAUUUCGAAUUGAAAUUACAAAGUUUAGAUGCGAGUUUUAAUAAAAUAAAGAAAAUUACCGCGCUAGCAGUACCAAGUAAUAUCGAACUCUUGUUUUUAAACGAUAAUUUGAUUACGACCGUAGAACCACAUUCGUUUUUGAAAAAAACUAAUUUAACAAGAGUUGAUUUAUACGCCAAUCAGAUUAUUAGUAUGGAUUUGAAUGCUUUAAGAUUAACUCCGGUGGAUCCGGAGAAACCUCUACCGGAAUUUUAUAUCGGAGGAAAUCCUUUCCAAUGCGAUUGCACAAUGGAAUGGCUGCAGAGAAUUAAUAAAUUAGAUCAUUUAAGACAACAUCCCAGAGUAAUGGAUCUCGAAAGUAUAUACUGCAAAUUAUUAUAUAAUAGAGAAACGAAUUAUUUACCUUUAAUAGAAGCCGAAUCGUCUCAAUUUCUUUGUACUUAUAAAACUCAUUGUUUCGCGUUGUGUCAUUGUUGCGAUUUUGACGCCUGCGAUUGUGAAAUGACCUGUCCUACAAACUGUACUUGUUAUCACGAUCAAUCGUGGUCGGCGAAUGUUGUAGAAUGCUCGGGGGUAGGUUAUACAGAAAUGCCCAGCAGAAUUCCAAUGGACGCUACUGAAGUUUAUUUAGAUGGAAAUAAUUUCGCCGAACUCUCCAGUCACGCUUUUAUCGGACGCAAAAAUUUGAAAGUUUUAUACGCAAACAAUUCGAACAUAGCCGCAGUUUAUAAUCACACAUUUAGCGGUUUAAGAAGACUCACUAUAUUACAUUUAGAAAAUAAUAAUAUCAAACAAUUAUUAGGUUUCGAAUUAGUGAGUUUGGAAUAUUUGAAAGAGUUGUACCUUCAAGGAAAUCUCAUCAACUUUAUCGACAAUAGAACUUUUCUUCCAUUGAAGCAAUUGGAAGUUUUGCGCUUAGACGGUAACCGAUUGUAUUCAUUCGAAGUAUGGCAAUUUACCCUGAAUCCAUAUCUCGUUGAGAUCGGUCUCGGUUCUAAUCAAUGGUCUUGCGACUGCAACUACGUAUCAAAGUUCAAAACGUGGCUUCAGGUAAAUUACGGCAAAGUUGUCGAUGCAAAUAAGAUAAUGUGUAUGUACAACAACGUUACGAAAGCUCUCGGACCUAAUAUGUCGGAUUUCAACGGCACCUCUUGCGUUAACGUCUUCACAGGUAGCAAUAGAGCCGUAGUCGAAUCUCAAGCUAUGAACGAUUAUCUACCGUUACUAUUAGUAACGAUGUGCGUAUUUAUUGCGAGCGUAGUUAUAGUGUGCGGCGCGUUUUAUUACCGUAGAGAACUAAGAGUAUGGAUUUAUUCUCGGUGCGGUUUACGAAUGUGUUACAAAACGACAGCGUUCGAAGAACAACAAGACAAAGAUAGACUUUUCGACGCUUAUGUGAGUUAUAGUGUUAAAGACGAAGCGUUCGUCAGUCAAGUUUUAGCGCCCGGAUUAGAAUCAGGAGAUCCGGGAUAUAGAUUAUGUUUACAUUACAGAGAUUUUAACGUUUCUGCGUACGUGGCAGAUACUAUUAUAGAAGCCGUCGAAUCGUCGCGAAGAACGAUUAUAGUUUUAUCUAAAAACUUUAUACACAACGAAUGGUGUAGAUUCGAGUUUAAAAGUGCGUUACACGAAGUUUUGAAAGAUCGCAGACGUAGACUGAUAUUCGUAGUGACCGGAGAAUUACCUCAAAGAGACUUAGAUCCGGAUUUACGGUUAUAUUUGAAAACUAAUACGGUGAUCGAAUGGGGGGAUAGACAAUUUUGGCAAAAAUUACAGUUCGCUAUGCCUGAUGUUCGAAGACCGUGCGUACAUCAAAGGAGUUCCGUAAAUAUAUACGCCACGGCAACUCCUAGUCAUUUAGAUCGGUCGAGGAGUCCUGCUUUACCUCCACCACCACCUCCGGGGAAAUUACCGCCCUUCCUGCAACAUUCUUCAAGUUUGCCCAGAGAUUCCAGGACCAGUAUGCCGCAUCCUCUAUGGGCGUAGCGGAUGUUUUUUAGCAGUUUGCCUCGAUGUAACCGAAGAACAACGAGGCGGACUACGAGAAAAGUUGGAGAGAGUAGGUCAACAACUCUUUUCUACUAAGUAGGGGAGAUGUUGCUGCUACUGCUGUGAUUGUGAUAUUUUUUGUGAAUAAUUCUAAAUAUAGUUCUAUUAAAAUUCCAAAAUAAACGUGUAGUAUCAUUUAUCGUGACAUGAUUAAAUGACUCGACAAUUUAAUAUUGGUCUAAUAAUAAAAAUUUUCUAGAAAAAUUUGAUUUAAUUGAAUGUUGAUACAAAGAUUCAAGAAAUAAAAAAUCUAUUUCUGUUAAAUAUGGUGCCAUAACCUAUUUUGGUUUAUCAUAAGUCAUGAUUGGAGAGUUAUUGAGCAACAUUGUAAGGAUAUCAAUCGAAAUGAUAAUACAGCUUUCUUAUGGAUUUUUUUUUAAAUUCUUCUGUAAAAAGCUCCAGAAUUUCCCAAAUAUAUUGCAUAACAUCUUGGAACUUUCUCAUGAGAUGCUUAAACUUAUUUUAUAUUUUUUUAUUUCUAUCAUAAAUCCGAUAUAAUGAUUACUGUUAUUGUUCAAAAAAUUGUUGUCAAAUCAACUUUUGAAACUUGAUGAAGAAUAAACAGAUUCUCGAAUUAUAUUUUUAGAAAAAACUAUUAGGUACUUGAAUAUUGGAUAACCAGACUUGAAAGUCCAAAGGCUAUAAUGGACAUAUAUAGAAUCAGGAUCUGGAGGAGAGGUAUCAGCUCCAAAGAUAACUGUAUAAAAAGGAGAAAUACUAUUUUGUCUAAUCAUCAUAAUAUUAUAGAUAUAGAAUUAUAUAAAUCAAAAAAUAUCAAGUAUUCAGUAUAAAAAAAAACAAA